AUGUUCAGCCAGAAAGAAAAAAUGAAUUGUUGGUUUUAGAAUUACUCAUAAGCAGUAUUAAUUGGGCAAUACUGCUUGUUCCCAUAUGCUCCAGGAGGCACACUCAGGCAUUUAGCACAGCAUUUUUGACAGAAGAACAUGCACGGCUUCUUGCAUGCUGUAAAGAGAAAGCGCCUUACAAUUAUGAUUGACACAAGUUGCAUCUCAAGUAUCUCUCCUUUCUAAGCAGCCACAAAUGCAUGCGUCAGAUGGAAUCUCCAUCCUUUCUUGAAAGAAUUUUUUGCUCUUGUCGCUGAUGCAGAGGAGAAAACUGGCAAUGCUAGUAUCUUUGAAGUCAGAGGAGGCGCUAGUUGGAAGUCACCUAACUAGCAAUGCUAGUAUCUUUUUCUUUGAAAGUGAUGGAGGCUAAUUGAGUUGCUAGGAUUCACAAAGACAGAGAACCAAGCUACUUUCCUACCUCUUGCAGUUGCAAAUUCAAUGCCUUGUUCAGGUAACAAAUUUUUUAACAUUUUGAAACUUUUUUCUAUGGACCCUAAAUCAGUAGGAGCCAAGGUGAUGAGAAAGAAUAUUGAAGAUUGAAAGAAAGCAGCCAUAGAAGGGGAAGACAAGUACUGUGCUACAUCUUCAGAGUCCUUGAUGGAUCUUAGUGUUUCAAGGUUAGGGAAAAAGAUAGGUACUGUCAACUAAGGUUGAGAAGAAGACAAAAAUUGAAAAGUUCAGUAGUGGCAAGGGUGUGAAGAACGUGGGAGAGAAGGAUAUGGUGUGUCACAAGUUGGAGUUCCCUUCUGCUAUGUUUUUGUGCCAUUCAUUUGAUAAAAUAGAUGUCUAUAAGGUUCCCUGGAUUGGUUCCGAUGACACUAAAGCUAAGGUGAUAGCUAUUUGUCACAAAGAUACAUCAACUUGGAACCCCUUAUAUUUUGCAUUUCAGAACCUGAAAGUUAAACCAGGAUGAUGUGGGACAGGUUAAGGGGUAUGGUGGGCUUGGGGACUUACAGGCUGUUUAGGCAAAUAUAUAGUGUGAAUAUCAUGCGUGAACAGUAAAAUAGGGUCUGUUUAGGAUAUAAAAGAGGAAGAAAUAGAAAACAACAACUAGAAGGAUAGAAAAAUACUAGGAGUCACACCUAGAUUUCUUUAGGCAUCACACCUAAAGAGGAUGAAAACCCUUAAGCAUCACACCUAAAGAGAAUGAAAACCCUUAAGCAUUACACCUAAGGUUAGUUGCAUCACACCUAAAGAGUAUGAAAACCCUUAAGUAUCACACCUAAGGAUCUGUGCCAAUUUGCCAUUUUCUAGCCAAAGAGACCAUUGUCUAGGUUCCUAACUGAAGUUUUGAAACAUCUGCACAAAGGUUGUCUCUGUUUGGAUGUUAACAAUUGAGUAGGUUAUGUAAAAUCUUAAAUAAGUUGAACCUCUCAUCUCCUUGUUCUAAGUAUGUUAUCUACGUGUAAGAUUUAGGUUUUCAGGUUUGGAAAAUAAAUGUCAGGAUCUCAC